AUGCCCGGCAAGGAGUCAGGAGCGAGAAGCUUGUCCAUGCAAAUCGGCAUGUUCUAUCAGAUGCAGGUCCCCAGGUCGUCAUCCCGUUCCUACGAGGCUGACCGGUUCCUGGAAAUGCUUGACCAAGUGGCCUAUGCUGAAGAGAUGGGCCUGAGCAGCGUCUGGAUGGCCGACCACCAGUUCCGUACCGAGUGGUCCCACUCCAGCGCCCCCGACGUGACCCUUGGCGCAUUGAGCCAGCGCACCAGCCAGAUGCGUCUGGGCAUCGCCGUGGUGGUGCCCCCGGUGCAGCACCCUCUCCACAUCGCGGCCCGCACCGCCACCCUGGACAUUCUCAGCAAGGGAAGGGUUGACCUGGGCGUGGGCCGCUCCGGCUAUCCCUACCAGAUGGCCGCUUUCGGUACAGACCUGAAAGACGCCACCGGAAUGGUGGAAGAGGCCCUGGAAAUCAUCCCGCAGGCAUGGAGCGAGGGAGAGUUCACCUACCAAGGCAACCACUAUAAGAUUCCCUUGCGCGAGGUCCACCCCAAGCCGGUCCAGCAGCCCCACCCGCCCAUCUGGCUCGGUUGCAGCCAGGAAGACACGUUCAGGAAGGCGGGACUCAUGGGCUUGGGCUGCCUGGCAAUGGCCGGCGGCGGGGCUACAGGAUUGGCUCCUCUCGUGCAAGCCUACCGGGGCGGCAUCCGGAACGCCAGUCCGACCACCGGGGUUGUCCACAACCGCGUCUCUGUAAGCACCGUGGCCAUCUGCGGGGAGUCGCGCAAGAAUGUGCAGGAGCGCUCCGCCGAAUUGAUCGACUGGUACCGCCAUCAGCAGGCCCUCCGGGACGUCCGCGUGUGGAGCGAACAGGACGCGUCCCGCGUUCCCGAAGACUACCAGUGGCAUUACACCCGCUCCACCGCGACCGACUCUCCAAAGCGCGAGGAAGCAUCAUCCCUCGACCAGAUAAGGAGUGGACGCUACUGCAUCGGCGACCCCGACGACUGUAUCCGCUACCUGGAAGCCUAUGCCGAGGCGGGCGUGGACGAGGUCAUGCCCCUGUUUCAGGUGGGCGGCAUAUCCCAUGAGGAAGUGAUGGAUACGCUGCGUCUCUUCGGCAAGUACGUCAUCCCCCACUUCAAUGCGAAGGGAAGUUAG